GUUUGGAAAAGAGACGUCUGGCGAGGUGUAAACCGUAAGAACGUUCAAGGAGUUGAAAGCCAGCAGCCUCUUCUGCAUACUUCAGCAGUGACCGAAGUCUUAGCUUCCUUGGGCAACAAAAUUACCCAGCCAUGGUCCCUCAAAAACAAAAUUGACGUCUCCGGGGCCAGUCCAAGGUUUUGGUACAUAUAUAUAAGAGGGAGCGUAACCUCCCCUGAGGUGUUCAUCGACAGCCACCACAGCCGUCUCACAUAAGAUUUCUCUCACCUCUCGACACCUUCUGCGUUUCCUGUCGCCUCCGGGGAAGACUCCAGUUCUUGGGUUGCUGCUCCGAGACCACCAGGAGAAGGUUCAGUUUAUGGGAUUGUAUCGUCGCUCGUGGUCUGAAGUUCUUGGCACAGAGAUCUCCAGUCCGAGGACACACAAAUUCGACAUGGUUAACAAAAUCCCAGCUCCUUGGGAUGAACAGAAGAAGAACAUGACACUGAAAUCACAAGGCCAAGAACAUCUCUUCUCCAAGGCUACACUGAUGCACUCUGUGAGUUUCAAACAGUGGCGAGGAGGAGAGGAAUCCACAGGUUCAGUUCAGAAUAAGAGCAAACAGAGCCUGGUAAAUGGCAUCCAAGACCGACGCAACUCUGACGCAUUGAGCCCCAAUGUUUCAUCCAGCCCCAAAUGUGAGCUUGAUGCCGCAGCCGUGAAACUUCAAAAGGUUUACAAGAGUUACAGGACCAGGCGAAACCUCGCCGACUGCGCAGUCGUCGUAGAGGAGCUAUGGUGGAAAGCACUGGACUUUGCAUCACUGAAGCACAGCUCGAUAUCAUUCUUCAACGGCGGAAAGCCCGAAACGGCGGCGUCGCGGUGGGCGAGGGCAAGGACAAGAGCGGCUAAGGUUGGCAAGGGGUUAUCUAAGAACGGGAAGGCUCAGAAGCUGGCAUUGCAGCACUGGCUCGAAGCUGUAAGUCACAUGCUACUUAACUCUAGCACUAAACUAAGAUCAGUAGGUACCAGUGUCCUACUGUCUACUGAGAUUGUUGCAGAUUGUUUAUUACUAAUGCUGCCAUUUUAUGCCUUCGGACAGAUUGACCCUAGGCAUCGAUAUGGGCACAAUUUGCAUAUCUAUUAUGAUGUCUGGUCCAGGAGUGAGAGUACGGAGCCCUUUUUUUAUUGGUUAGACAUUGGGGAGGGCAAAGAAAUAAAUCUUGAGAAUUGCCCUAGGAGUAAACUUCAAGGGCAGUGCGUCAAGUACCUUGGACCACAAGAGAGGCAACACUAUGAAGUUGUUAUUGAGGGUGGCAAACUUAUGUUCAAACAAACCGGGGUUCUUGUGCACACUUCGGAUGACUCCAAGUGGAUUUUUGUCCUCAGCACCACAAAGGCAUUCUAUGUUGGCCACAAGAAGAAAGGAUCGUUUCAGCAUUCCAGUUUCCUAGCUGGUGGAGCCAUAACAUGUGCUGGACGAUUGGUGGUCAAAGAUGGAAUUCUGAAGGCAAUAUGGCCAUACAGUGGCCACUACCUUCCAACGGAAGACAACUUCAGAGAUUUCAUUCGCUUCCUACAGGAGAACGACGUUAGCCUCACCGAUGUCAAGAAAUCUGCUAUCGACAAACAGGACGAGUACCCGUUGCUGAGCAACUCUGAGACUCAGCCUGAACAUGUUGAGAAUAACGAUGCAGCAGGUGCCGCUGCUCAAGAUCUGACCGAAGUUGAGAUAGACGGCGUCCUCACCGGCGAGGCAUAUCAUGGAUUGGCCGACCACGGUGACAUGAGCGAUGCUGAGGAAGAUGCCCGCACUCCGGUGGACUCCCACACCACCGACACCGAAGAAGAAGAAGAGGUCAAUAAUAUCUCAGAGCAGCGACCGCCGGCGAGUGUCGAUCGUAGCAAGAACCAUCAGACAUGCCGGUGGUCGACGGGCACCGGUUCACGCAUCCGGUGCGUGCGCGACUACCCGCAGGACCUCCAGUCCAGGGCCCUCGAGCACGUCAACCUCUCGCCCAGGCUCGCCGGCUCGCCGUCGAGGAAGAGGGACCCGGUGCCCUCGCCGCGCCCCAGCCCGGGGAUGAUACUCUCGCCGAGGCUCGCGUCCGUCGGGUUCCAGCCCCGGACGGUGUCUCUCACGCUCCCAGACUUCAAGAGGAGCAGAUUGCAGUGA